AACACAUAAAACAAAUGGGCCCGAGUGUAAAGUGGCCUGAAUGUCCCUUGACGCACCUGAACACUGUGAGCGACUGGUGAUGCACAUCGGUAUUUACAUCGGAAGUGAGAAAGGCAUCUAAAACGGAAGUACACGGAAGAACUCUCCACUAAGAAGAGGUAGAAAUCAACAUGACAUUAAAUAUUUAUUCACAAAUUUUGUCCACUUGUUGAUAUUUUUUUGCUCGCUUAAUCGCUUACAGAAAUUUGAAAUGGCAAGUGAGUUGGAUGCUAUUUGACGAGGUAUGGAAAGUUUGCAGGCGUUGGCCUGGAUUCUCCUACUGGGGCUGGUAGGACAAAGAGGACCAGUAUUUUCGGGUGCAUUGGCCGGACCAGAGCACCUGACUGGGGCAAACACGUCGCCAAAGUCGGCGAGAAAUGGGCCGAUGUUUGAUGUUACUGUGCUGAACAGUGAGAUGACGAGCUUCAGCAUAAGAUGGACGACUAUAUCAGGAAACAAUACAGUGGAGAUAUAUGUCAUCCAUGUAGGAGAUUCCAAAGGAGAAAUCAAGGCUAUCAAUGUAACAAACAGCAGUUCAACAACAUCAGUUAUCAGAGAUCUUGAGAGAGGUACCAGAUAUUGGGUGUAUGUUCAGGCAGUGUUCUCAUCCACUCCUGCUGUCAACUCCACGGUGCAAACAACUAUGACUAAAGGAUAUGGGCCAGACAGAUCCUGCAAUUGUGAUAAAGCUGGUACUGAAACUCCCAGUCACGAACCCUUGUGCAAUACAACAACUGGAGUGUGUGUAUGUAAGAUGGGUUAUGAAGGAAACCAAUGCCAUAAGUGUGCAUCUGGAUAUGUGAGACCAAAGAAUGAAAGUUACUGUUCCUACUGUCCCUGCAAGGGGAAAUGUAUUAUCUCUGCUGAGCAUGAUUGGCUAUGUGAGUGUGAAGAAGGCUAUGCUGGACCAUAUUGUGACCAGUGUAACUUUGGGUACUACAAAGAUCAGGAGCAGGGGCCGUGUCUGCCCUGCCAGGACUCAGCAACAGUCUGUUCUUCACCUUCCUCUGGUGCUGGACUAGAUGGACCAACCAAAGGACUUAUAGCAGGCUGCAGUGUAGCCGCUCUUUUAAUAUUGUUAGCAGUUGGAGGGUACUUUGGAUACAGGCGCUACAAGCACUGGAAAGUUCGGCGACCUGGUCAAUUUUGGACUAUUGAAGUUCGGGACAAUGACGAGGAUAGUGCCUCCAUGCUAGAGAAUGACUACCACAAUAUGAUUGAUGCCAAUGCCAUGAUGGAAGAUCUGGAGCAUUUUGACAGUAACUCCAGUGGUGUUAAAACACCUAGCCAGAGUGGAGCCAAUGGUGAGAUAAGGGUAGCUUACAACCAUAAUUAUAGAGACAAGGUCACGUAAAUCUGGCCCCAUUCUGGGAUAGUUUUUUUGCAAUAUUUUAUCCAGGUCAAAGUUACAAACUCUUGGAUAAAGAAAAAGAUUGAUAAUUAAUUGGGGGAGAGUGAUGAAGUUAUGUGGAGUAAAACAGGUUGAAGAAAAUAAUUAAGAUUUCUCACUUACAGAAUCUAUUCACUGGCAAUCUACUUAAAACCUUAUUUUUGUCUAAUUUGUUAACCUAAGACAUGAAUCCACGGGGCAAAUGUACUUAAUUAUAAUAUAUGUUUACAAAGGUGCAGCAUUUAUCUUAUCUUGGAGGGCAUUCAGAACUGAUGAUCCGCAGACUAACUGAUCUGCCUACUAAAUAUGGCUGACCCCACUUAAAAGCAAGCCGCUUAAUUCCCUAAUGGUGUCCCCGCCUCCACACAUGCCAUUAAACUGAUUAAAUCUCUGCUCUGAGGUUUAAUUGCUAGGCCUCUACAGGGAUGGUGUGUGGAGGCGGGGAGACCAUCAGAGUAUUAGCAGCAGUGCUUUUAAGUGGAUCAGCCAUAUUUAGUCUGCAGAUCU